AUGCCUCUAUCGAGGAAGAACCAUGAGAUAUUUGACAAGCUUCGGAGGCGUCACGGAAUCCUGUUUUCUCCAGAGCUGACGAGCGAGCAAUGGCCCGAGAGUCACCGCAGCGUGCUGGAGGCAAUUGAGACUGCCAAGUCGUAUAGAUACAGCACAUAUCAGGCCAGCCAGGACGAAAUCACCACAAAGCCAUGGAAAAAUGACGCGAAACGACAAGCAAAGAAGCUUGUCGCAAAGUCCAAGGACUGCGUAUCGCGGAAUGAGGCGACGUGGAGACUAGCAUGCGAGUCCCUUGUUUUUAGUCGCCUGGCUGCCGAAGUGGCGUGUCAAACAUGUCGUCAGCGAGUCUGGCGGUCUGAAAUAGAGUCCUCUCUGGACGACAACAACAGGGCUUCGUCCAGCUUGAGAAAACGGCAGCAACAGCGUGAGCGUUGCCGUUGCCCCAUGAGCUCGCGACCAGACGGCGAAGAGGAGAUGGUGGGGUUAAACAAACUCUUCAUUGACCGAGCCGACGACAUGGUAGUCCACCCGCCGACUCUAGCUGAUGAGUUACCUCAAGAUCAAAGGCCAGACCGAGUGUAUGGGCUGCGGCAAACACGCAAAUUUGAUGAGCUUCUCUUGAAGAAAAUCGGUAACGGUAUAUUUGUUGAGGAUCGAUUACAAGAGCAACCUCAUUCUACCGUGGGAGAAGCCCUCUUAUUCCCAUUCAUGGUCGUAGAAGCAAAGGCUGGAAACGCCGCGGACGAAUGGCAUGAUAUCAAGCUUCAGACUGCCUUUCCAAUCUACACCUACUUGCAGACUCAGCAAAGUCUACGUGCUGCGACAGGCUCGAGGUGCAGAUGGGAUUCAGGGCCGUUGGUUUGGUUCUUCUGCAGUAGAGGAGAUGAUUGGAGACUGUUCCUCGCCUAUCAAAGCCGGGCGGACGCCGCUCCAUCUCAAUCUCCCGUGUCAUUCAAAACAAUAAUCGCACCUGUUUGGACGGGCUGUACAUCCAAUCUUGACGCGGCGCUGCAGCUUUUUUUAAUUGUAGACUUCAUCGCUGACUGGGCUAGAGAUGUCUACCGCGCUUCCAUCAUCACCGAACUGCGCAUCUUAUCCAGCCCUACUCGCGAUGUGUCCACAGUUGCUUCGGAAACCUUUGUCUUUUCGACUCAAAGCAUUCAUGGGUAUGACAAAACGGAUGAGGACAUAUUCGAGGAAUCCAAGGAGCAUCAAAAUGAUCUACAAGAAGGUUUCAAAGACCUGGAUUCUUCUUACGGCGCGGUCCGUCAUGUUGCCCCGAUUGAGUCUCGGUUUCGCGCUCUUUUCAUCACCGAAGACAAUGUGCAGACAUUUUUAAGUUCCAUGGAGAAGAGCGACAGGGAACUGUUCGUCAAACGCGUCUUGACCACAUUUGACCGGCCCCAAUACUCCCAGCUGAGCCUCACCGGUGACAAUAUCAGCUCCAUCGAAGAGGCGUGGACGGGCAACACGAGACUACGGACGCCGUUCAAUAUUCGGGAAUCUAGACUCAACACCUUGCUCGUUGUCACCUAUCAUCUAUCUCCUUCUUGGGAGCAGAUACGUGAACUAUGCCUCAUCUCAAUCACGAAGCAAGCUUUCGACAUCAUUUCCGGCGAAGUUAGAGUCAAAACCCCACCAUCUCAAACAAAGAGCGAAGGAGACUUUAGCUGGGUGGUUGAAAAGGUCGCGCAGCUCAAGGACAUGAGCGCCGCGGACAACCUGUCUUGCUGCAUUUCCAGGGUCUGCGUGUAUCUGGACGACUACCGGCUGUCGUCUGUGGCGAGCCAGCUUCUCGGCCGAUUCGAGAAAUGCGAUGCCACAGUCUGGGAACUCGUCAAUUACACAUAUAAACAGCAUAGGAGGGGUGACCUGGAGCCGGACUUGCCAUUUCUCCGUCUCUCGACAACUGUCGAUGUGCAGAUGAAAUCCAAAAGCUCCACCGCCGCUUUUGCCCGACCAUUGACGGUUGACCAUCAACUACGCUGGUCCAGAAGCUCUACUGUUCUUGUUCAUGGAAGUCUACACCGCCAGGGCGAGGUCAAGCGCGUGCCUAGCCUCUGCGUAUAUUUGAAUGAAUUCUACAAGGAACCGCCGAGCGUGGCUGAUCUGGCUAAAAUCAUAACUACCACAUUUCAAGACCACGACGUUUAUCAUACUACUCGCGACAAUGGGACCUUGAAGCUCAGGACCUGGAAUAUCUAUAGAGAUAUUUGGAACUUGAGGAACAACUAUGGAGUCUUUUUCUCGUAUGGAGAUGCCAGUUUCUCCAAGUGGCUAGGCGAUCUUGGCUCGCCCCCUCCCUCUCGACAGGGCUCUCCAAGAGGACCCUUUGAUACUGGGCGUACGAUGUUCGAAAGGAAGUACAAUCCGUGGCAAGACCCUCGUUUGACCAAUAACCAGACGCGCCCUUCUCUAAGGAAGAAGUUUGUGAAAGAGCUGAUCAUGACUGAGGCUUUGGAGUGGGCUCGUCUCGCAAGGCGAAGCAUCCUGCUUGGAAACGCCUGUUGUUGUCUUUGUGGAGGCGAGCUUGACUCUGGAGAUGACGAACCCGAGUUUCUGUACGAGAUGAAAGCGGAAGGGACCAGUUUCAACGGUUCUGGAAUCCAAGUGACCGACUCGCCUGAAACCGCGGCAGUAGAAGCGUCGUCCUUGAUGCCAUAUAAUUUCAGAAGUCGUUGCCAAGGCGAGAAGGAACAGGAAAGGGUUGAGAAUCUUUGCUUGGUGUGUACGGAGCACAUGUUUCAUGAGAGCCACUGGGGCGAAGGAUGGCAGGAUUGGAUGAGAGAGGUAUUAAGGAUGGCUCUGUCCAAAAGCAUGGCCGAGGGUUCGCCCGAGGUUGGCCCCGUUGCUGGCCCGUCGCGUCUCGACAUCAUGUCAACACCGCCGUUGCCGGAAAGCCCACAUUUCAAACGAUACUCAUCCCUCGGCUUCGAUGAUGAUGAUCAGCUCCCGUUGGUUAGAAAGAGAAGGCAUUCUGGAGACGGAGCAGAAAUAUCUGCUAAAGAUAUCAAACCUCUGAUAAUCGACUUGACUAGUGAUACCUAA